GCUGCUGCGGCUCCGGCUCCCUAGCAAGGCAGAAAUGGCGACUAUGGCUUGGGUGCUAGGACGGCGCGUGGCGAGCUGGAGGCUGCAGACAUCGCUGUCGCCGCUCACCGGCCUCGUUUCCCAGCGGACCCACUCGUUGUUGCCCGUGGACGAUGCGGUCAACGGGCUAAACGAGGAGCAGAAGCAGCUUCGGCAGACCAUGGCUAAGUUCCUUCAGGAGCACCUAGUUCCCCAGGCCCAGGAGAUUGAUCGCAGCAACGAAUUUAAGAACCUUCGAGAAUUUUGGAAGCAGCUGGGGAACCUGGGAGUUCUGGGCAUCACAGCCCCUGCCCAGUAUGGUGGCUCUGGCCUGGGCUAUCUGGAACACGUGCUGGUGAUGGAGGAGAUAUCCCGAGCUUCUGGAGCAGUGGGAAUCAGUUAUGGUGCUCACUCCAACCUCUGCAUCAACCAAAUUGUGCGUAAUGGAAAUGAUGCCCAGAAGGAGAAGUACCUCCCCAAGCUCAUCAGCGGUGAGUACAUUGGAGCCCUGGCCAUGAGUGAGACCAAUGCUGGCUCUGAUGUUGUCUCCAUGAAGCUAAAAGCAGAAAAGACAGGAGAUCACUACAUCCUGAAUGGCAACAAGUUCUGGGUCACCAAUGGCCCCGAUGCUGACAUCCUUGUUGUCUAUGCCAAGACAGAUCUCACUGCUGUGCCAGCUUCUCGGGGUAUCACAGCCUUCAUUGUGGAGAAGAGUAUGCCUGGUUUCAGCACCUCCAAAAAACUGGACAAGCUGGGGAUGAGGGGCUCUAACACCUGUGAGCUAAUCUUUGAAGACUGCAAGGUUCCAGCUGACAACAUCUUGGGCCAUCUAAAUAAGGGUGUCUACGUGCUGAUGACUGGGCUGGACCUGGAGCGGCUGGUGCUGGCUGGUGGGCCCCUUGGGCUCAUGCAGGCCGUCCUUGACCACACCAUUCCCUACCUGCAUGUGAGGGAAGCCUUUGGCCAGAAGAUCGGCCACUUCCAGUUGAUGCAGGGGAAAAUGGCUGACAUGUACACCCGCCUCAUGGCAUGUCGGCAGUAUGUCUACAAUGUCGCCAAGGCCUGUGAUGAAGGCCACUGCACCGCCAAGGAUUGUGCAGGUGUGAUUCUUUACUCAGCUGAGUGUGCCACACAGGUGGCCCUGGAUGGCAUUCAGUGUUUUGGUGGCAAUGGCUACAUCAACGACUUUCCCAUGGGCCGCUUUCUGCGAGAUGCCAAGAUAUAUGAGAUUGGGGGUGGGACCAGUGAGAUAAGGCGGCUGAUCAUCGGCAGAGCCUUCAACAAAGACUUCCACUAACCCCAAGACCCUUCACCUCUCUUCCCAGCACCUAGAGGCCUUUGGAAGUAGAGGUGUGGCAACACUCUGCCAGAGGCAGGCCCUGCUGUUCAGCUGCCCUUCUUGCAUCAGCCUUCUGGCCUGGUUGAGUUCUCCACAACAGCUGCCAAGCACUAUGGGCCUUAGAGCCAGGCCAGGUAGCCAGCCCAGGAAAAGCAUUCAGUGGUUUAAAAUGGACUUGGCAGGAAGCAUAGUGGCUUUUCUGGAGCUGGUUGGGAUGGGCUUUGGUGACUCUGUGUUCUUGUUCUCUAACUUCCAAACCUGAUGCCUCCCACCUUCCAGGGUGGGCACCUGGGGCAGGCAAGCGGCUACCCUUUUUUCUUGGGUGAGCCCGUGGCAGGGAGCCCUCUGCUGAAGUAUACCGCAAACAUUGACCCUGUCCAUUUAUUUGAACUUGGUAGCCUCUUUCAGGGGAAAACCUCCCAAAAUCUAGCCCUUGUUUCUGCUGAUUUUGAGAGGCAUCAGCAACCAGCAACUUAUGAGCAAGGGCUCACCCUACAGCAGCCCAUCUGUUCCUCCAGGGCUUCAUGUUGUAGGGCUGAAAUCCCACCAUAUUGGAUACAACUUUGGGAAUGGGCAUUUCAGAACCCCUGUGUUAUACAGAGUCCACUGUGGAGCAGAAGCCAGCAUGCUCAUGAAGGGUCAUCUUAAUACUGGCCUCUGUAGCAGCACCUCUGAGCCCUUUGGCAUUGCUCUCCCACCGCCACUGUUCAGUCCUGGCCAUGCGACAGCCCACAGAUUACUGGACAGUAGUCCUGCAUUGUCUGGCUCGACUCCAGCCAAGGCUGCCUGUGUACAUUUCUCUGGACACCCUAUGGCUAAUUUUGUUACAGCUGCACAGCAGCUGCUGCCAUUUUGUAUUAAACAUCUGCUUCUACACUGGUGGUUUUGAGGGAGAAGCAAUCGACUGGCUAUUGUCUCCUGUCUGGCUCCGGCCCCUUGUCUUUGGAGAGUGGCUGAUCCAGGUCCUGCUCCUGCCCUCCAGUAUACUCGUUAAGGACAAAGGGUUGGAAUCAGCCUUUAGGAGAGAGGAACUCUCAGCCUCCCUUUUCCAGAGCUCCCAGGGAGUUUUAAAGGAAGGAGGGAGCCCAGAGUGGUAGAGCUAAAAGGAAACUCCUAAGUUUCUGGAAACUAUCUCCAUGUUUUUAUUUAAAAAAUCAAGACAAUUUGAUUUUGUGAAGGUUGGAGUUAGAGCUAGAAUUCAGAUCACCAGAAAUAGGGGUUCUGAGAACCUCUUGGGGCCAGCCUCAGGCCCUACUGCACAGCUGCCUGGAGGGAGCAUAGUCAGAGUGGAACGUUUUGGGGUUGUUCCACUCCUAUCUAAGCUCCCUGAAAGAGAAUUGGUUUUCUUGGCUCUCACUCAGCUCAGCAGUGCGUCUUCUGACUUUUGGUUCUGGCCCGUAUAGGCAAGUGCUAUUCUAUACCUACACUAGCACAGUUCUAGCCUGAGGAGAAGACCCAGGGCUUAUGGCCCUGCUCCUUCACUUCCCCCACCCUGCCUCCUGUUAUGUUGGAAAUGAAUGUGGCUAAAAUGGUGGCCUUGCUGCCUUUAGCGUGUGGCUGGAACAACAGGCUUGGAGACAUUCAGAAUGUGACUGGGAUGUUUUUUCCAGUGAGGCGGGGUGGGGGUGGUUGAAGCCUGCCACCAACUUAGGGAGAAAGUGAUCGUUCUGAUGCUAUAUGUGAAACAGAUAUGUUUAAAAAUAAAGUACCCCCCCC